AUGGCGCUCUCACGGCUUCGACACCCAGUGAUCUCUCGCGCGCCCUCUCUCUUGAGAGCUCGCCUUCUCUCCUCAUACACCAGAUCACUCACUCGAACUUUCAGUGUGCAAAAUUCUACUACGCUUGGUGAUAAUACUCUGUCAAGGCCUGCAACUUUGUCCAUGCUCACUGGAGUUCACGCUAAACUAUCAAAGCUCAAGCCUUGGACGGGUGUCAAGUAUUACUCAACUGCAGAUCCUUUGCAUGUUGUCCUCACGAUGCCUGCGUUAUCUCCUACAAUGAGUCAAGGUAACAUUGCAAAGUGGAAGAAGAAAGAAGGGGAUAAGAUUGAAGUGGGUGAUAUACUAUGUGAAAUUGAAACUGACAAAGCUACCGUUGAAUUUGAAAGCCUUGAAGAAGGAUUUCUAGCCAAGAUACUGAUACCUGAAGGGUCAAAAGAUGUGCCUGUAGGACAGCCUAUUGCAAUAACGGUUGAGGAUGCAGAUGAUAUCCAAAAUCUCCCUGCUAAUGUGGUGGGUGGAUCCGAGGUCAAAGAGGAUAUACCACCACAACAGAAUGUCAAAAAGGAAGAUGGGGUACAAGAUACAAGUUCUGUGGGCAUAAACACAUCAGAACUUCCUCCUCACAUUCUUAUUGAAAUGCCAGCUUUAUCCCCAACAAUGAGCCAGGGAAACAUUGCUAAGUGGAAAAAGAAAGAAGGAGAUAAGAUAGAAGUGGGUGAUGUGAUAUGUGAGAUAGAGACAGACAAAGCAACUGUUGAAUUUGAAUGUCUUGAAGAGGGAUACUUGGCUCAGAUACUGGCACCAGAAGGUUCAAAGGAUAUAGCUGUUGGCCAAGCAAUUGCAGUAACAGUUGAGGAUGCAGCUGAUUUGGAAAUUGUAAAGAAUGCUGUUUUCAGUGGUUCAGCUGUCAAAGAAGAAAAACCAAUCCAUCAGGAUACUAGAGAUGCAACUAGAUCAGAAAAAACUAGUGUUAAAAGGAUCAGUCCAGCAGCAAAGUUGCUAAUUACAGAACAUGGAUUGGAUACAUCGUCAUUGAAAGCAUCAGGUGCUCAUGGUACACUGCUGAAAGGGGAUGUUUUAGCUGCAAUCAAGUCAGGACUAGGAUCUACAAUAGUUUCAUCUAAAGAAAAGACAACUCCAUCUGCUCAGGUGCAUCCAAAGACUUCUGCCCCAACAUCAACAGAGUCAAGGUCUUCAAAGCAGACAGAUUCUUUUGAAGAUUUUCCCAAUAGUCAAAUCCGCAAGGUUAUAGCUACGAGAUUGCUGGAAUCAAAACAAAACAUACCUCACUUAUAUUUAUCAUCAGAUGUUAUACUGGACCCUCUUCUUUCUCUUAGAAAGGAUCUUAAAGAGCUGCAUAAUGUUAAAGUUUCAGUGAAUGACAUUGUCAUCAAAGCUGUAGCUGUUGCACUGAGAAAUGUACCUGAAGCAAAUGCUUACUGGGAUGCUGAAAAAGGAGAAGUCUUUCUUUGCGAUUCUGUUGAUAUAUCGAUUGCUGUGGCUACUGAAAAGGGUAUUGGUACAGGGUCUGAUGACUCCAAUUGUGAGGAAUGCAGAUCAGAAAAACAAUAUCAGCAAUCUCCUCAGAGGUCCAUCAUUUUCCUUCAGGUCAAGGAACUAGCUGAGAAGGCACGAGCAGGAAAGCUUAAGCCCAAUGAAUUCCAAGGAGGAACUUUCAGUAUUUCAAACUUGGGGAUGUUUCCAGUGGAUCAUUUCUGUGCAAUUAUAAACCCACCUCAGGCCAGUAUCCUUGCAGUUGGCAGAGGGAACAAAGUUGUUGAACCAGUAAUUGGAAGUGAUGGAAUCGAGAGGCCAGCAGUUGUCACUAAAAUGAACUUGACAUUAUCGGCCGAUCAUCGCAUUUUUGAUGGCAAAGUUGGAGGUUCUUUCCUCUCAGCUUUACGUUCAAACUUCAGUGAGAUCCGAAGGCUUCUUUUGUAA